AGUUUCCUUGUUGAACCCCUCUUAUCAGCCCUUUUUCCCCUUUGUUUUUUCUUUAUUUGAAUGAUAGAAUCUGGCAGUGUUUCAAACUGUCUGUUUCUAAACGCAUCACAACCAAACUUAAAACCUGAGUGUGUUUGCAAACACAUGUCUGAGUCCUUUAUUUGGUUGGUCUGCAGCUGAAUAGAACGAGGUCAAAGAUUAGGCUCGGGUCGGGAUAAUAAAUUAAACAUCGCUCCCUAAAUUAUGAAUUUACUUUGAGGGCGGUGGACCCGGAGCUUCUGUAUCUUUAAUAGUGAGAGAGAUGGGAGAGGCUGCGCGUUCACGUUUUCCUUUCCUCGCUCCGCGGUGGCGGGGACGCGCAGUGGAUCCCACACCGCUCAUCGAAGAGGAAAAAAGCGCCUUCGGACUGCAAGAGCGACUCAUCGGAAAAAAAUGUUUUCUCCACCGCCUUUUCCUGCGACUGUCGAUGUGCGCAAAAGUCAUGUUAAAGGAUCCACAACAAAGGAGGACGUGUGUUUUUUCGACCAAUAAACUUGUUCCAGAGGAUUAACUACGAGAGUAAUUUAAAAAGACGCAGGAAUUUAAGGAAGUUAACAUUGGACAGGUGUAGAAAAUGGCGGGACGCCUCCUGCAGCUCCUCGCCUUGUGGACUUCUCUGAUCAGCAUUGUGCAGAGCUGCCCUGAGCUCUGCAGCUGCCAGGAUAAAUUUGCCCACCAGUUUGCGGACUGUGCUUACAAAGACCUGCUGGAGGUUCCUGUGGGUCUCCCCUCCAAUGUGACCACUGUGAGCCUUUCUGCCAAUAAGAUCAAAUUACUGAAGAGCAAAAGCUUCAUCAACAUCACCCAGGCCACCUCUCUCUGGCUGGCCCACAAUGAGAUCGUUACUAUAGAAACGGACACCUUGGCCCCGCUCGUCCAGCUCCGAAACAUGGACAUCAGCUACAACAAGAUUGUAAACUUUCCUUGGGAGGAUCUGAAAUACCUCACGGCCCUGCAGCUUCUGAAAAUGAACAACAAUGAGAUGAUAAACCUUCCUAAAGAUGCUUUCUCCACUCUCAAAGAUCUGAGAUCUCUGCGUAUCAACAACAACAAGUUCACCACCAUCGUGGAAGGGACCUUCAAUGCACUCACCUCCAUGUCCCACAUACAGAUCUUUAACAACCCCUUCUCCUGUUCCUGCAGCCUGGAGUGGCUGAGGGACUGGAUUGAAACCACUAAGAUCUCUGUGCCUGACCCAAACUUGAUCAUGUGUGAGACCCCUGAACACCUGAAGGGCACAAUGGUUACAAAGUUUCCUAAAAUGCUCUGUACGGCCCCCUCUGUCUCGAUAAGCUACGAGCCUGACAUUGGGAGCACUGAGCUGUAUGAGGGUUUUAUGGUUGUUUUAAACUGUGAGACAACAGGAAGCCCCAAACCUCAGGUCAGCUGGGAGGUCACUGCAGGAAAUCAGAAUUUCCUGUUCCCCUUGCCCCCUGACGGAGACAUAAAUGAUGCACCUGUUAAUGACAAAACAACCAACAGUCGAUUCCUCAUCUAUCGAAACGGCUCUAUAGUCAUCCCUCACCUCACUAAAAAGGAGGAGGGAAACUACAGCUGCUCUGCUGUGAAUGAUUUAGGUAAGGCUGAGAGCAGCGUUAAGUUGACCAUAACAAGCAGCCAAAAACGCACCAGCGAUCCGGUGCCUGGUUCUCCAUCCGACAAGAUCCGUCCUUCUGCUAAAAAGCCCUCUGACCCCCAAAUCCCCAGAAACGAUGUCAUCGAUGAGGAAAAGCCUGAGGUUAAGACAAAGGGCGGUUCUGAAGGUUCAUUGGACAAAAACAAGGGCCCAGAGCAGGCAGGUGGUUUUUCAAAGAAUCCCACUUUUGCUAGCAAGUGUGGUGUGAGAGAUAGUAGUGAGUACAUCUCAAACCAUGCCUUCAACCUGAGCCUGGAGGACCUGAAACAGUACACUUUUGACUUUGGUGUCAUUGCUUUGGAAGUGUCAGAAACAGAGGCCAAAGUGCAGCUGAAUCCACUCCAGCUGCCAAGCAGCAAGUCUAACCUUCAUCUGAGUCAAAGUGACAAUGUGGAAACAGUGAAUAAAGAGCCUGUGGGUCUGUACCAGUCCUCAAACAGUAAAAACACCUUGGACAUGCUCUACCUCUGUGUGAAUACAGGAAGCGGACACUCUAUAGUGCAGUGGUCCAACAUAGAGGAGGGGGUCAAUGCCUACAGGUUCCAUGGUUUACAACCUGGCACCAAUUACACCCUCUGUCUCACUUAUGGGGGGCAGGACUGCCAGGUCCAGGUCGUUUUCACAACCAGGAAGAAGAUCCCCUCCCUCCUUAUCAUUGUUGUUGUCAGUAUUUUCCUUUUAGGUUUGGCCACUGUUCCCUUGCUGGGCGCCACCUGCUGUCACCUGCUGUACAAGUACCAAGGGAAGACGUACAAGCUCAUCAUGAGGGCGCAGAAUCCGGAUCAGAUGGAGAAACAAAUGGCGGGAGAUUUUGAUCACAGGGCGUCUUUUGUGGAGUCUGAGAAAACCUUCCAACCCAGCGAGGGGGAGGGGGAGGGGGAUGCAGAGGGAGAGGGAGAGGAUGGAGACGGAGAAGAGGGUGAGGCCGAGGGCAGCGUGGUGACAGAAUCCAUCCCCGGAUCUUCAUCCAAAACCAACCCGGAGGAGUUCGAGGUGGGCUCAGAGUACAGUGACAGGUUACCUUUGGGCGCAGAGGCGGUCAACAUCUCGGAGGAGAUCAACGGGAACUACAAGCAGCCAAGCCGCUGAGAUCGGCCCAUGUUUGCGGGUAGAUUGUAAAAUAUUUUACUUUUUACGUAGCCUACAUUCAAGCAGGUAACUCAUCCACCAUUACAACACGUGAAGGCUUCUGAAAAGAAAAGUGUAUCUUUUAAUUUUUUACCUCAGACCGUCAAUCACUUGAGAUUGUAAACUUGAUUUGUGUGACAUUUGAAGUCUACUGUAAGGUUAAAAUAAGCAACAUAAAGUUUACAGUGCUAGCACACAUUGUUUAUUAUCAGACCUCAAAAUGUGACCGGAGAGCAGCAACACGUUUCCUCUAUGCGGGACGGACGCGGGUGGGCACGAACAGGGGCGCAGAAAAUAGUGCGCACUGCGAGACGUGGAGCUGAUCCGCAUUACUAAAUGCGAAGACAGAUUUUGAGAGAAAAAAAAAAUGCGUAUGCAGCUUUGAGAGCACAAAACAACAGACAAACAUAAUCGACCAAAACGUGCCAAAUUUUUUAAACCCAUCCUUACAAAUGUGUGAACCUGUAUGCGUCUUUUCAGGGAUGUGGAUGAGUCAAGAAGAAAAAUAAAAUCAGACAGGGCUAAUUCUGAGGCUCCGUUUGACUCUUCCAUGGACCAGCAGUCGCUGAUUUAAAAGAUGAUUUUUGAUAUAAUGAUUGGACUAAAUGCAGAUUUUUUUGGAUUUGGUGCUGCUGCGCGUCACCUGCUCGCUGCCCCGUGUGUCCAAAGGGGAAAUUUCAAUUCCAGCAGUGUUGUACCCAACAGAAAAUUCCAGGUUAUUUACCAACAUAAUGUGGUUUGACGUGAUUUUAAGGCUUUAAAAAUGUGCGACUUUAACCUCUUUUAUCAACGGGUGCUUGCUCUACUACUCUCGCUUUUUACAAUGAACGUGUCCAUGGCAUGUCACACGUAUUUCCUUGUGUGGUUUUUUCUUAGUGUAGUCUAGAAGACUGUAGAUGUUACUGUCAACAUGUGAUGUAAAGCCAUGUGAUUAAAAAAUAUUUUUUACGACAGUAAGUUUCUGUGAAGCAUCAAAGAAAGGGCGCGUCUGAGUGUCCGGCUUCACUGUCUUGUAAUUUGAUGCAUAUAGUGAGUUUUUUCUGUGAACUGUUGUAAAACGAAACAAAAAAGACCCCGUGACUUUUCAGGAUUUUUUGAUAUAAUUUUAUGUACGUGGAAUUAAUAAAACAUGAAAGUAUAAAAA